CCUCCCCGUGCGGAUCUCCAGCCUGGGGGGAAGAGCCGGCCAAUGCUAAUGAGCGAGUUGCCGGGCGAGACAGGAACUUCUUUCCCGGUCUCUGUCUCAGGAGCGCAGAAAUUAUGCCCCUUCUCUCACCAUGAGCUGGCUCUCCAGUUCCCAGGGAGUGGUGCUAACUGCCUACCACCCCAGCGGCAAGGACCAGGCCGUGGGGGGCAGCCAUGCCAAGGGAGGGGAGGAAGCCACCUCGAGUGGCAAAUAUGGCCAAUACACUAUGAACCAGGAAAGUACCACCACCAAAGUUAUGGAGAAGCCUCCAUUUGAUCGAUCAAGUUCCCAGGAUUCUUUGGAUGAACUGUCUAUGGAAGACUAUUGGAUAGAACUAGAAAACAUCAAGAGAUCUAGUGAAAACAGACAAGAAGCUCAAGAGGUGGUUGUCGUCAAAGAGCCUGAUGAGGGAGAAUUGGAAGAAGAGUGGCUUAAAGAGGCCGGUUUGUCCAAUCUCUUCGGAGAGUCUGCUGGAGACCCACAGGAAAGCAUGGUGUUUUUAUCAACACUGACCCGGACCCAGGCAGCAGCAGUUCAGAAACGAGUAGAGAUGGUCUCCCAGACCUUGAGGAAAAGAAACAAACAACACCAGAUUCCUGACGUCAGAGACAUAUUUGCUCAACAGAGAGAAUCAAAAGAAACAGCUCCAGAUGGCACUGAAUUGCAGUCACUUAGAACAAAUGAAAACAAAUACCAAGGAAGAGAUGACCAGGCAUCUAACCUUGUUGUUGAUGAAAAGAAGCUGAACCUACCUGAGAAGACACCUGCCUCUGAAAGAGACAUCAACCUGGAGGUAUCAUUUGCCGAGCAAGCAUUCAAUCAGAAAGAGAGCUCCAAGGAGAAAAUCCAGAAGAGCAAAGGCAAUGAUGCCACGUCACCUAAUUUCAGAGUGCCAAAAGACAAAACGGGUACCACAAGGAUUGGUGACCUCGCAUCCCAGGACAUGAAGAAAGUUUGCCCUUUAGCCCUAAUUGAGCUGACGGCCCUCUAUGAUGUAUUGGGUAUUGAGUUGAAACAACAAAAAGCUGUGAAAAUCAAAACAAAAGAUUCUGGUCUUUUUUGUGUUCCACUGACAGUGUUGUUAGAACAAGAUCAGCGGAAAGUACCAGGAACUCGAAUACCCUUGAUCUUUCAAAAACUGAUUUCUCGAAUUGAAGAGGGAGGUUUGGAAACUGAAGGCCUCUUACGAAUCCCUGGAGCUGCCACUAGAAUCAAGAAUCUUUGCCAAGAACUAGAAGCAAAGUUUUAUGAAGGGACUUUUAAUUGGGACAGUGUCAAACAGCAUGAUGCCGCCAGCCUGCUGAAGCUCUUCAUUCGGGAGUUGCCCCAGCCAUUGCUCAGUGUGCAAUAUCUCAAAGCCUUUCAGGCUGUCCAGAAUCUUCCAACCAAGAAUCAGCAACUACAGGCCUUGAACCUUCUUGUCAUCCUCCUACCUGAUGCAAACAGGGACACGCUGAAGGCCCUUCUUGAAUUUCUCCAAAGAGUAAUAGAUAAUAAAGAAAAAAAUAAAAUGACGGUCAUGAAUGUAGCAAUGGUCAUGGCCCCGAAUCUCUUUAUGUGUCAUGCAUUGGGGUUGAAGUCCAGUGAACAGCGAGAGUUUGCAAUGGCAGCUGGGACAGCACAUACCAUGCACUUACUGAUUAGUUAUCAAAAACUUCUGUGGACGAUUCCCAAGUUUAUUGUAAACCAAGUGAGGGAGCAAAACUCGGGAAAUCACAAAAAGGAUAAAAGAGCCAUGAAGAAAUUGCUGAAGAAAAUGGCUUAUGACCGAGAAAAAUAUGAAAAGCAAGAUAAGAGUGCAAAUGAUGCUGACGUUCCUCAGGGAGUGAUUCGAGUACAAGCUCCCCAUCUUUCGAAAGUUUCCAUGGCAAUACAGCUAACUGAAGAACUAAGAGCCAGUGAUGUACUUGCCAGGUUUCUCAGCCAAGAAAGUGGGGUUGCCCAGACUCUCAAGAUAGGAGAAGUUUUUCUGUAUGAAAUUGGAGGAAAUAUUGGGGAACGCUGCCUCGAUGAUGAUACUUACAUGAAGGAUUUAUAUCAGCUUAACCCAAAUGCUGAGUGGGUUAUAAAGUCAAAGCCAUUGUAGAGGAUGUAACAAGCUGCAGAUAACCAUGUGGACUUCUGUAAUAAUUCUUGCUGAGUCAAAAGUGUAGAUAAAAGAAAUGGCAGGACUCUUAUGAUGCAGCUGUACCCACCUAUUUAAGAGUGACUCUCUGAAGCCUUAAAAAGUCAUAGAUUUGUGCUGCUGCCAGAAUGAUAUUAAUUAUUAUUAAUGUUAUUAGAAAAAAAACUUCUGGAGUGAGAGUAAUGAGGCUUAAUUAGCUUAUGAACAGUUGUCAUAUGCUCUGUGGAAUGUGUCCAGAUGUGAUGUUGUUUUUUAAAAUAUGUGAAAAUAUAUUCUCUUCCCAUUUGCUAAAAUCAUAUAUACUGUAAUAUAUGCUCUCUCACCUCUAUUACCUCUUCACAUCUGCCCUUUGCCAGUUAGGUUUGCUUUUUGACCAAAGAGAUAACAAAUACAAGAUAUGGCAAAUUGUGAAAACAGCACAUUAAAACAUACCUAAUUUCACAGUAUUCCUGUCAUGACAGAAUGUUAGUAUUCAUCUCUGAAUCAUUUGCUCAAAUAAUAACAUUCCACCUUCUCCUGCUGUAUCACGGGAGGUGAUUUGCAUUUUUUUUUUCAGUUCAUCUGACUUAUGUGCACCGAACUGUAUCAGCGAUCAAGAAAAUAGGAGUCAGAAGCUGCCGGUUAUUACUGAACCGUUAAAUACUUAUAUACUAAGGAUAAAUAAAAUAUACCUAUGUGAAAUAAUAACUGGAUUAUGGAUAACAACAGUGAAAGCCAAAGAACUUUCUGUCUACUGUAUUCUUCUAAAUGGAAUUUUAAAAGUCAUAGCUGGCUUUACGUGUUGUCAUAUUAGCAUUAUAAAUAUGCAUGAGAGUAUAAUCCAGUAAUGGCUGAAGAAUGUAUUUUACUAAAGAGGGAUUUAAAAAAAAAAAAAAAAACUCCUGAAUAAGUCUACUGGAAGAGUUAUUCUUCUGAGUGAAUAAGCUUUUGUUUGUGUUCUUAUUUUAAAUAAUUGAAGUCAAUUUAUUAAAAUGUUGUGGAAAGUACUAUUCCCAGGGAUUUUAAUGCACAAACCAUAGUGUGACAAGAGAUGAGCCUCUGUACUGUAAAUAAAAGAAAUGAAAUAGAGAAAUGUUAAAUAUUUUAUGAGUUUAGAAUGUAGUAAAUAAAAGGUGAUGUUAAUGAAUGCUGCACAAAUGGUGUUUAUACGAUACUUUGAGUAGUACUUUAGGAAAAUCACACGUUCUCAGAAGCUCUUGAUAUCUCUAAUUGGGUGGGGGAAUGCUGUUAAUGAGAACAGUCAUAAAUUUUUAGCAUAUAAUUACAAGAACAGCCUGUGGAUAUGAUCACUUAAAUAAUUUUGUGGUGAUUCGUGCCAUUGAUUUUUUAUUUAAAAGAAAAUUUUGUAAUUAAAUGCCUUUUUCUAAAUUA